AUGCCCUCAAAGAUCCCAGUGAACGAGCCACUAUGUCAGACUGAGCAGCCCAGCACCAGGUCAGCCCGGCACCCAGCUCCAGGUCAGCCCAGCACCCAGCUCCAGGUCAGCCCAGCACCCAGCUCCAGGUCAGCCCAGCACCCAGCUCCUGGUCAGACUGAGCAGCCCAGCUCCCAGCUCCAGGUCAGACUGAGCAGCCCAGCUCCCAGCUCCAGGUCAGCCCAGCACCCAGCUCCAGGUCAGCCCAGCACCCAGCUCCAGGUCAGCCCAGCACCCAGCUCCAGGUCAGCCCAGCACCCAGCUCCAGGUCAGCCCAGCACCCAGCUCCUGGUCAGACUGAGCAGCCCAGCUCCAGGUCAGACUGAGCAGCCCAGCUCCCAGCUCCAGGUCAGACUGAGCAGCCCAGCUCCAGGUCAGACUGAGCAGCCCAGCACCCAGCUCCAGGUCAGACUGAGCAGCCCAGCUCCAGGUCAGACUGAGCAGCCCAGCUCCCAGCUCCAGGUCAGACUGAGCAGCCCAGCACCCAGCUCCAGAUGGUCGCUUAACGGAACGCUCAUUGAUCUGGGGAGUGACUACCGGCGUCACAUGUCUGGAGGCAACCUGAUCAUUAACAGUCUGGACAGGGACCAAGACACGGGGGUAUACCAGUGCACUGCAUUCAACACAUGGGGGAUCAUCCUCAGCUGCCGAGCCUCUCUGCAAUUUGCAUACCUAGAUAACUUCAAGACCCAAACUGCACGGAGUGCUGUCAAUGUCCGAGAGGGCCAAGGAGUGGUUUUGUUAUGUGGACCACCCAUGCAUUCUGGAGAGCUGACGUUUGCAUGGAUCUUAAAUGAAUACCCCUACUUUGUCCAGCAAGAUAGUCGUCGAUUCAUCUCCCAGGAGACAGGAAGUCUGUACAUCGCUAAAGUGGAGCCUUCUGAUGUGGGCAACUAUACCUGUGUAGUCAACAAUAGCAUCACUAAGGGCAAAGUCCUCAGCUCUCCUACACCACUGGUCCUGAGGAAUGACGGAGCAAUGGGUGAAUACGAACCGAAAAUAGAAGUUAAUUUCCCUGACACUGUUCCAGCUGCGAAGGGAUCCACGGUAAAACUAGAAUGCUUCGCACUGGGAAACCCAGUCCCAGAAAUAAGUUGGAGGAGAACCAACGGCGUCCCAUUUCCCAGUAAGGUGAAGAUGAAGAACUCCAACGCUGUUCUUGAAAUUCCACAUUUCCAGCAGGAAGACACAGGGAUGUAUGAGUGUGUGGCAGAAAAUAGCCGGGGGAAAAACGCUGCACGAGGUCGUAUCGCCUUCCAGGCGAAACCCCAUUGGCUGCAAACAAUGACCGACGGGGCCCUGUCCAUUGAGGAGAACCUGUUCUGGGAGUGUAAGGCAAACGGAAAACCCAAGCCCUCCUACAGUUGGCUGAGGAAUGGAGACAACCUAAUGGCAGAGGGCCGGGUGCAAAUCGAAAACGGGGCUCUCUCCAUAGCAGCAUUAAACCUGUCAGACGCCGGAAUGUAUCAGUGUGUGGCUGAAAACAAACAUGGCAUUAUUUAUUCCAGCGCUGAGCUAAUGGUGUUAGCAUCACCUCCCAGUUUCUCCAAGAAUCCACUGAAGCCCCUGCUGAAAGCUCGCUCAGGCAGUGAAGUGGUUCUGGAGUGCAAGCCCCAAGCCUCGCCCCGGGCAAUUAGCCUGUGGAAGAAAAGCAAUGAGAUCGUGCAGAAAAACGAGAGGAUUACUCUGCUUGCCAACGGGACACUGAAGAUUGUCAACGCAACCAGAAGGGAUGCGGGGAGCUACACAUGCAUCGCUAAAAAUCAGUUUGGGACUGCAAGCGCCACCGGAAGACUCCUUAUCACAGAGCCCACCAGAAUCACCCAGAGGCCUGCUAACAUGGAGAUCAUUGUUGGCGAGAGUAUCGUGCUGCCCUGCCAGAUAGCCAGCGAUCCAGCCUUGGUUGUGUCUUUCUCCUGGGAAUUCAACAGGCAGCUCAUAGACUUCCACGGGGAUGCCGACCAUUUCGACAGAGUAGGAGGGAGCAUUUCAGGAGAUCUGAUGAUUCGUAACAUCCAGCUGAACCACGGGGGGAAAUAUGUCUGUGUUAUCGACACCGACGUGGAGAGCUUGUCCGCUUCGGCCAUCUUGGUUGUGAAAGGUCCCCCCGGGCCCCCGGACACAGUAGCAGUGGAGGAGAUCACAGAUAGCACGGCCCAGCUCUCUUGGAGCCUCGGCAGGGACAACGGCAGCCCUAUCACCGGCUACAUCAUCCAGGCCCGGACCCCCUUCACUGUGGGCUGGCAGGCUGUGGACACAGUUCCUGAGGUGAUCAAUGGCAACACACUGACAGCCACUGUGGUGGGCUUGAACGCCUGGGUGGAGUAUGAGUUCAGGGUUGUGGCCCGCAACAGUGUGGGCAUGGGAGAGCCCAGUCCUGCCUCAGCCAAGACCAGGACAGAGGAUACUAUGCCUGAUACAGCUCCCACUGAUACUGGAGGCGGAGGAGGCACAACAUCUGAAUUAGUGAUAACUUGGGAGCCCGUGCCUGAGGAACUGCAGAAUGGAGAGGGCUUCGGUUACAUCAUCGCCUUCCGGCCGCUGGGUGCCAUCACCUGGACACGAGUGGUCAUCUCCACGCCCGGGGUGGCCCGAUACAUCUUCCGCAACGACACCAUCCCGCCUUUCUCGCCGUUCGAUGUGAAGGUUGGGGCGUACAACAACCGUGGGGAGGGCCCCUUCAGUUCCAUAGCCACAGUGUUCUCAGCAGAGGAAGUACCAAUUGAGGCUCCUAAGAGGGUUUGGGGCAGGAGUGUAUCUGCAGCUACAAUUGAAGUGAUCUGGGAAGCCCUCCCCGUCACCCCUGAAAGAGUGCUGGGUUAUGAGGUGGUGUACUGGGAAGAUGACACCAAGCCUGACACAGUAGGCAAGGUGAGAACCUCUGGAAACUACUCAGCUGUUAAUGUGACUGGACUGAGCGCUAACACACAGUAUUAUCUAGCUGUGUGCGCCUUUAACACUGCAGGGACAGGGCCACAGUCUACACACAUCAACGCCACCACCAAGAAGCCAGCACCAGGCCAGCCUCCUUUGAAUGUAGAGUGGACCAUGAUUGGCUCUCUGCUCACUCUACACUGGGGUCCUGUGAUAGCCAUGGAGACAGAGGCAGAGGUCAUCGGAUAUCUUGUGCUGUUGAGAAGACACCGGUACAAUGACGUAAACAGCAUCAUAACAAACAAAACCAGGAUGGAGCUGACGCUGUCUCCCAACGACAACUACCUGAUCCAGAUCAAGGCCCUGAGUGAGGGCGGUGAAGGUGUGGGCAGCGAACCCAUCCACAUCCACAAAUUAAGCAUGGGCGCACGAGGCUCGGGAGGAUCUAGUCUCAAUCCGCUAUUGCUGUCUCAUCUCAUCUCAUUCCUCAUCAGCGCUCUCCUCCUCCUCAACUCCUCCUGGUGA